CAUUGUGCCAGAGGUCCGCUAGCUUGAUGCAGGGGUGCUGUCGACAGCCUGCAGCUCCAGAAGAUAACGGGCCAGUUUAUCCUGGGUAUUGUAAUCGUUCCGGAAGAUGGUGGCUAAACAGAGGAUUCGCAUGGCCAACGAGAAACACAGCAAGAACAUCACGCAGAGAGGAAACGUAGCCAAGACGCUGCGACCACAAGAGGAGAAGUAUCCUGUGGGUCCCUGGCUGCUUGCCCUCUUUGUAUUUGUUGUGUGUGGAUCAGCCAUAUUUCAGAUCAUCCAGAGCAUCCGUAUGGGAAUGUGAUCCAGAAAGAGCCUCCUGACCCCCUCACCCCAUGCCCUCACUGAGCCCGGCUAGCCUGCACCUGCACACCCCUAAUCCCUUCCAGAGGCCAAAGCUACAGAUCCAGCAGAUCUCAGAGAGAAGCUUCCCCAACCACCACCUCCUCCCUCAGCCCCUCCUCGGGACAUCUCCCUGCCCCCGAUCAGCGUUUACAGUGUUGCAGUCUGUGGUAUGACAGCUUUUCUAUGGACAGUCUAAAACCACACCGGCUGGAGAACAUGUGUGUCUCAUUACUCACUUGACACCUGUGUGCUUGUGUGUGUGAAGGUGUGACUGAUAAUAUGAGUGUGUGCAGCCAGUAAUUCCUGCUGACAAUGUGCCAUAUCUGUCUGUUUAAGUAUUUGUCUGUGUUAUGUGGGAAGAAUCUUUUUUCAAAUAAAUGUGGAGCAUUUAGGGAGCGUACAGUU